AAACCUCGGGCAUCAACUGAUUAAACAUGUUCUUGAAGUACAUUAAGCUGCACAAGACAGUGCUAUGCUUGUGUACUAAAAUAUCUUUAUUCUCAGCACCGUCGCACCGACAUGUUCGACUCAUCCGAUUUACCAAGUCUCUCUUUGUGAGAGAAAAUUCUUACUCAACCGCCCUCUACGAAGUGGUUCAUCUGGAAGAGCCCGCUACGCCACCUCUACCUACACCAGCAGAAGAGCCGACACUCGAGGAAAGAAACAGUGUGGCCGAACCCGAAGUGUCCUCCUGUCCAUCCUCAAGUGGAAAGAGGAGGCAGCGUAGUGCCAGGAGGGCACUUCAGGACCAUGAACUAUAUGGCACACCAGGAGGAGAAAGUGCUAGCAAUAAGAAAGAAGAAAUGCAGCGGAGAUUUCUGGAGAAGAGGGACGCACUGAUGGACCUACAGAUGCAGCACAUGCAGGUUCGUCUUGAAGAAGCCAAGGAGAGUUGGGAAGAAGCCAAGGAGAGGCGGGAAGAAGCCAAGGAGAGGCGGGAAGAGGCCAGACUUUACAACGGCAAAAAUUACUAG